UAGCACAUGGAGGUCAUUACGGUAAGUACCUCACAAUCGCAUUCAUCCGUUGCGAGUUGCCUUCUCUCGUGCGACGUCGCUAAUCAUCUCUCCUUCUAGGUGCCAGUGCAGCGCUUGCCAAUUCCGGCUUCGCACCCGCCGAGCUCUACACAGGUCCUUGGGCCAACGUUCACCAGGGUCUACACGGUCAAUAUAAAGACAUCCUGACGACUUAUUGGCAGAAUACCAUCAACCAUCUCGAAUCUGACCAACAUGACUACAAGUUACAUCAACUACCCCUUGCCAGGAUUAAAAAGGUUAUGAAGGCCGACCCCGAGGUCAAGAUGAUUUCCGCCGAAGCACCUAUCCUAUUUGCGAAGGGUUGCGAUAUAUUCAUCACCGAACUCACGAUGCGAGCGUGGAUCCACGCAGAGGAGAACAAGCGUCGCACCCUGCAGAGAUCCGACAUCGCCUCCGCCCUCGCCAAGAGCGACAUGUUCGACUUCCUCAUCGAUAUCGUACCCCGCGAAGAGGCAAGCCACGCAAAGCGCGCGAACCCCGCCCAGGCACAAUCGGCUCAAGGUGGCGUGCCGUCGGCCGCGCCCGGGAACCAGAUGCCCGGAUCGCACGGGCUACCCGGAGCCGCGAAUCAUAUGGCACCAGGCGACUACGGCAUGGGUGGCCACGCCAUGGCCUCUGAACAAGAGUACCGCGGCCCGCCCAUGUACAACCAGGUGCAGGCCGGCCCCGGAGGUCCCUACAGCCAGCAGCCGCCGCAGCCGAUGUACAGCGACAUGGAGGGCAUGUACGGUUACCCGGGGAUGCCUCAACAGCAGUAGAGCCGCAGUGUGGUCAACCCGGGCGUUCCUUACGAGAACCUCAGAGAAGGAGGAGUUGAUGGAGGAGGAGAAGGACAGGUUGAAGAGAAGAGGGCAGAAGAACAGUCGGUUGUGGGGGAGCAGAUCGUGCGCGAUGAGCUGGAAGGGACGGGGACGGGCUAGGGGACCUGGUGGAACAGUACAUUCCAGAAAUUCUUUCAGUGAAUAAUACUAGGGGACACAAACAUUGUUCUUAACUCUUUUUUGAUAGUUUGGCGUAGGGGUUUAUCAGGUCGCACAAGGAGCCUACGCUGUCGCCCGUUUUCGCUGCGGGCUAUAUGGUACAACGAAUGCAACGUCGAUUGAUUUUUUUAUGA